GAAUGCGAGUACUGAUCUUCUCGUUUGUUCUCUCAUCAUGCUACUGUCUUCUCACCCCGAUCAACCCGAGGUGGCAGACAGCUGGAACAAUGGGAUUACUUCUUUGUAACAAUAAACCCGCUGCUGGAGUAAUUCUGGUUUUGUAUGACAAAGGUUACUUUUCCAAAAAAGUGCUGGGUACCACCUCAACGGACAAAAAUGGUUUCAGGCACUAUUAGAGAUUAUUUCUCAAUUCGUCCACAACUCCGCAUUCACACUUGGUGCAAUCGUAAAAGGAUACUGUUUGUUUUUUCUUUGAUAAUGAGAAGUAAAAUUUUUCAAUGUAA